UCCACUUUCCGCCCUUCUUCCUCGCUAAGGAAAGAACAUUCAAGCUCCCCUCCUCAAAGCUCCAAAAAAUCGAAACCUAAAUCAGAUUCAAAAAAAAUUUGUGUGCAUUUUCCCUUAAAAAAAAUGGCUCUAGAAUGGGUAGUGCUAGGCUACACUUCCGGCGCCGAAGCAAUCAUGUUGCUCCUCCUCACAGUUCCAGGCCUCGACGGACUCCGCAAGGGCUUGAUCACCGUCACGCGUAACCUCCUGAAACCCUUCAUGUCGGUGUUUCCUUUCUGUCUCUUCCUCCUUAUGGAUAUAUACUGGAAAUACGAGACUCGACCUAGCUGUGACGCCGAGUCAUGCACCCCUUCCGAAUAUCUCCGUCACCAGAAGUCCAUCAUGAAGAGCCAACGCAACGCGCUUCUCAUCGCCGCCGCUCUUAUUUUGUACUGGCUCCUUUUCUCUGUUACUAGCCUUCUUGUUAAAAUCGAACAGUUGAACCAGCAACUCGAGAAGCUUAAGAAUCGCGAUUGAGAUAAGUGAUGUGAAUUUUAUAUAUGUUGUAUUUGGCGUACUUUUUUUUUUCAAUAAUCUUUUGUUUGAAUUUCCUCACGGAUGUGUUUGGAUGAUUUUGGAAUGUUUAUCUUACGAUAAUUAUAUGAUGUAUUACUGCAUCUCUGUUUUUUAAUUUCUGAUUUGAUUAAACAAGAAAGUUAAGGUUUGGUUCAAA